AUGAAAUCUGUAUCGGUAUGUCAGAAGUUAGUCCCAGUUAUGUCGCUGACAACGGCUGCCAUCCGCCGCCUGACCACGAUCCUGCACGUGCAAACGUCUCGGCACUUCACCCGAACCCUGGCAGCUGGCCAGUCCCUGUGCAAAUUCGUCGACUUCAAGACUGAAGACGACUUCGUAGACUCCGUCAUGUACAGCCUUGAGCCAGUGAUCGUGAACUUCCACGCGGACUGGUGUGAGCCUUGCCACGUGCUCACGCCUCGACUCAGGUCACUUGUGGGGAGCAAAUCGAAACUCAAGUUGUGCGUGGUGAAUAUCGGGGAGUUUCCCGAGCUCGUGAGGGAGUUUGAAAUCCAAGCCGUGCCAGCAGUGAUUGCAGUGAAGAAGGGACGCAUUGUUGACCAGUUCGUCGGGCUGGUGGACGAAGAGAAAAUCCGGGAGUUUCUCAGUCGGCUAGAAGAAACCGAUGACCCGGCAGAAAGUUCAAGCUAA